AUAUCAGCAAAAAAAGACAAAAACGAAAAAUGGCAGCACUUAUUUGAUGCUCCGCCACUCUCUCACUAUAAAGAAUUCAAACAAACCCCCGCAACCAUCGCUCCACCGCCCCUUCUCCAUUUUUAUUUUCCAUUUUUUUUUUUUCAGUUUUUACCCCUCUUUCUCUCUCCGCCGCCGCAGUUAUGGAAGUCCGCCGGAGGCCAGUCAAACCCUCACACACUAAAGGCUCCUCCGCCUCCGCCUCCGCCGCCGCCGUCGUCGAUCGCCGAUCGUCGUCUCCUAAAGCCUCCGACGCUCUCCCGCUGCCUCUGUACCUAACCAACGGCAUUUUCUUCACGCUCUUCUUCUCCGUGGCAUACUUCCUCCUCAACCGGUGGCGCGACAAGAUCCGUAACUCCACCCCGCUCCUCCACGUCCUCACUCUCUCCGAACUCGCCGGAAUCAUCUGCCUCGUCGCCUCCUUCAUCUACCUCAUAGGCUUCUUCGGCAUUGAUUUCGUCCAAUCGUUCAUCUGUAAAUCCGAAACCGACGACGACCACCACCAGUUCGUCCUCCACGAAGAUCGGAGCAUCCACUGUUCUCCUCCGCCGCCGGAGAAACCCCCUACGGCGGCAGAACUUCCUCCAGACGACGAGGAUCUCGUGAAAUGCGUCGUCUCCGGCGAAAUCCCGUCGUACUCUCUGGAAUCGAGGCUCGGCGACUGCUACAAGGCGGCCAAAAUCCGCCGCGAGGCGGUGCAGCGGCUGGCGGGGAGGUCCGUCGAGGGUUUGCCUUUGGAAGGAUUCGAUUACGACUCAAUUUUAGGGCAGUGCUGCGAGAUGCCGGUGGGGUAUGUGCAGAUUCCGGUGGGGAUUGUUGGCCCCCUUUUGCUGAACGAAUGCGAAUUCUCUGUGCCUAUGGCCACCACCGAAGGUUGCUUGGUGGCGAGCACAAACAGAGGCUGCAAGGCGAUCUACGCAUCCGGCGGCGCAACCUGCGUCCUUCUCCGAGACGGCAUGACCAGAGCUCCGGUUGUUAGGUUUUCGUCGGCAAAAAGAGCGUCGGAAUUGAAAUUCUUCCUCGAAGAUCCUCUCAAUUUCGAUACGUUGUCUGUCGUUUUCAACAAGUCAAGUAGAUUUGCAAGACUACAGGGUAUAAAUUGUGCAGUUGCUGGAAAAAAUCUGUACAUAAGAUUCAGAUGCAGCACAGGUGAUGCUAUGGGGAUGAACAUGGUUUCUAAAGGAGUUCAAAAUGUGUUGGACUUUCUCGAGAACGAUUUCCCCGAUAUGGAUAUUAUUGGCAUUUCCGGAAACUACUGUUCCGAUAAGAAACCAGCUGCAGUGAACUGGAUCGAAGGGCGUGGAAAAUCAGUAGUAUGCGAGGCUGUUAUUAGUGGUGAUGUGGUGGCAAAGGUGUUGAAAACCACCGUACCGGCCCUCGUCGAGCUGAACAUGCUCAAGAAUCUCACUGGCUCUGCCAUUGCCGGAGCUCUUGGCGGCUUCAAUGCACACGCCGCAAAUAUAGUCUCCGCAGUAUUUAUAGCUACUGGACAAGAUCCAGCUCAAAACAUCGAAAGCUCUCACUGUAUUACUAUGAUGGAGCCUGUUAAUAAUGGCAAGGAUCUUCACAUCUCGGUUACGAUGCCGUCUAUUGAGGUUGGAACCGUUGGAGGUGGAACUCAAUUGGCAUCGCAAUCUGCUUGUUUAAACCUUCUCGGAGUAAAGGGUGCUAACAAAGAGUCACCUGGUUCUAAUUCCCGGCUUUUGGCGACCAUUGUUGCCGGUUCAGUUUUGGCAGGUGAGCUCUCUCUAAUGUCUGCCAUUUCAGCCGGACAGCUCGUUAAAAGUCACAUGAAAUAUAAUCGAUCGAGCAGAGACAUCACCAAAAUCGGUUCCUAGGGUUUAGACAGAAACUCCCAGGUAUUCGAUUUAAAUAUAUUACAAUAAAUCAUUUCUAUAAUAUUUUGUAAUGCAACAAUUUGUUUUUUGUACAGGUUGAGUAAUUGUGUAGAUUAUCAUUGAACCUGGUCAAAUUUUAUGUUCAAAAAGUUUAGUGGUCUCUUUGUAAUUAAUUAUGUGUGGGGCUUCUUAGAGUUUGGAUUCAAUGGUAAGAAUGACUUUAUUGUGUGUUUGUGUGUGUAUGUUAUUUUAUUUUUAUUUUUUUAAAUUAUGUAUUUCCCAAAUGAAUGACAAAUUUAGUGUCCUUGCUAUUAUUUAUUGUCCAACUAUGUAAAGCUACACCAGGUAAAAUACACCGGACAUAUAGUUUUAUUUUAUACUUU